AUGAUUGAUAAUCAUACAAUUCAAUUAUAUCAAAAAAUUGCGCUCACAUCACUUUGGGCUAAUUACAAAGGUACAAUUUCAUGUAAUAGUCUUAGUUGCUUAAAUGAUGCACAAAAACCAUCACGAUCACUAAAAUCCAUUCAUCAACAAAAUAGUAACAAUAAUAAUAAUAAUGAUAACAGUCAUGAUAAUUCUUUAGCAAGAACGAAUCAAAAAUGGCAACAACAAAUGAAGUUUUAUGUGUACGAUUUAAGUCGAGAAAAACCGAUUAAUCUUAUUUAUGAUGUAGAUGAAGAGAAAUUAUUAUUGGUUAAUAAUGUAUCGGAAAAUAUCUACAAUUAUGGAAUAAGAAAUGGAUUUUUGAACGCGUAUCAUAAUAGUAAAACGGAACCCACAUUAUCUCUUGAUGAUAAACGAAAUUUAUUAAUACGUUUAUAUCAUGAAAAUGGUAAUACAGAACAGAAAUUAUUUCGAAUAUUGAGUGGUUCACUGCAUUAUUUUCGUGUUUUACCACAAUUAUGGUCCGAUCGAAUACAAAAAAUGAAAGCAGCUGGUUUGAAUACCGUUGAAACGUAUAUUCCAUGGAAUUUACAUGAACCGGAGAAAGGCCAAUACAAAUUUCAAGAAGGACUAGCAGAUAUUGUUACAUUUUUGGAAUUAAUACGAUCACAUGAAAUGUUUGCUAUUAUAAGACCAUCAGGGUUCAUUUGUGCCGAAUAUGAAUGGGGUGGACUUCCAAGUUGGUUAUUAAAAGAUAAUAAUAUGCGUGUUCGCACCACAUAUUCUGGUUUUAUGGCCGCAUUAAAAAAAUACUAUGACGUUUUGUUACCAAUACUAGCUGAAUAUCAAUAUAAUCGUCAAGGUCAAGGUCCUAUUAUAGCAUUUCAAAUCGAAAACGAAUACGGUUCAUAUGGAAGCGAUAAGGAAUAUUUAGAACAAAUCAAAUCGAUUUAUGAAGCGAACGGUUUAACAGAAUUAUUUUUGACAUCCGAUGGAGCAGAGGUUCUUAAAAAUGGUACCUUAACAGAUGUGUGGGCGACAGUGAAUUUUCAACGUUAUAUUCAAGCAAAUUUGGAUAAAUUGAGACUAUUUCGUCCAAAUAAACAUUUAAUGAUAACAGAAUAUUGGACUGGAUGGUUUGACUAUUGGGGUGGUACACAUAAUACUGGCUCCAGGGGUUAUUACGAUGCCGAACAAUUGGAAAGUGAUGUAGAAGAGAUAUUAAAUUUAAAAGAUGUUUCCAUUAACUUUUACAUGUUUCAUGGUGGUACAAAUUUCGGAUUUACAUCUGGUGGUCACCAUUUUCCAAAAUCACAUUAUAAUCCAUUGGUUACAAGUUAUGAUUAUGAUGCACCACUAAAUGAAUCAGGUGAUCCUACUCCAAAAUAUUAUGCUAUUCGAAAAGUUAUUAAAAAUUUUUAUGAAAAAAAUCCAUCAUUACUUAUUUUUAAUACUAAACGUUCUGUGAUAUCGAAUCCCGAAUAUUUUCUACCAACUGUACCAUUAUCAUCGCAAAAAGCAAGCUAUGGAACAAUUGAAAUAAAAGGGUAUAAAACAUUUUUAGAAAUAUUAGAAGAUGAUUUGUUGACAACAAAAUCACACAGUCAAAAUAUGAUAAAUAUGGAAAAAUUAUCGAUUAAUAAUUUUUCUGGUCAAUCGACCGGUUUUAUUGUCUAUCAUACUGUUCUAAAUAAUUUACCAAAAUCAAAAAUACAACUAAAUGUUACCUCCGUCGCUGAUAAUGCCAUUGUAUUAAUCAAUAAUAAUGUUAUAUUCAAUUCAAAACAUACUGAUAAUCAAUUUUAUAUUGAUUUACCAUCAACCGAUGAAGAACAAUUAUCACUACAUAUUCUUGUUGAAAAUAUGGGAAGAAUUAAUUUUGGGCCUACUAUUGAUAAUUCAAGAAAAGGUAUUAAAGGAGAAGUAUUGUUAAAUAAUGAUGUUAGUAUUAAAAAUUGGACCAUUUAUUCACUCGAAUUUCGUAAAGGAAUAUCUGGUGUAACAAAUUGGAAUAAAGUUGAUAAACUAAAUAGACAAUUGAAUAUGGGUCCGUGUUUAUUUUUGGGCGCAUUUUCAAUUGAAGAUGAGACACCAUAUGACACCUAUUUAUCGUUACCUCAGUUUACUAAAGGUGUUGCAUUUGUCAAUGGGUUUAAUAUUGGCCGUUACUGGAAUAUUGGUCCACAGAAAACGCUCUACAUUCCUGCACAAUUACUAUUCAAAGGUUUUAAUCAAAUACAAGUAUUUGAAUUAUAUACUUUUGGUCAAAGUGAUAUUCUCGUAUUUUUAAAUGGAAAAAAUAUUAUCUCAUCAUCCUUAGAACAAAUUAAAAAUGAUAUUACAAUUUUAUCUCGUCAAAAAGAAAAGAUUAUUAUUGGUACAUGUCGAUUAUCUUCAAAUUCUAACAACAACAACAACAACACUAUAAUAGCAUCUUAUCUUGCAUCAUUGUCAUUUGUCGAAUUUUCCAAUAUUGCCAUAAAUUUUCUUAGAGAUAAGUUUAUAACUAAAACAAAAUCGUCUGAACAUUUAGCAGAAUCACGAAAUAUUUUAUCAUUAUUAAAUCCAUUUACAAAAAAAAAACGCUUGCUAACAACGAAUGGAGAACAAAAAGAUGAUGGAGAUUCUGCAAUUGUUCUCGCUUCAAAUGAUCUCAAUCGAAAUCAGAAAUCAAAAAGAAAUCCAAGUCCAAAUAGAGAUAGUGGAUUUAUUGAGACGGACGGAACAAAUGGGUCACUCUUAACACAACACAGUGGCAGUUCAAGAUUAAGAAGCAAAACAUCUUUGGAGAAAAGUGAUAGUCGAGAUGAUUCAUUUGAAUCAUUUCCACCAUCAUUAAAAAAUGGAAUUUUAAAUUUAAAUAAUCAUACCGAUGAUUUGUUAACAACAACUAUUCCAGAUACAAUCAAAAUCAUGCCGGAAAAUUCUGGACUAAAAUAUUCUGACUUGUUAUUCGAAAAAUUUCAAAAAUCACGUCGAGAACCUCAGACAACACCGAUGACGGAUGGUUGUAAUAUUUAUACACAUCAUUCAAAUCCCGUUCGUCAAUAUGAUGAAACUGUUAUUCUACGUGGACGUGAAAUUGCCUAUGAAGCAGCAAAUGCUUCCUCACAAAUUUCACAUAAUAUCAACUCAAUAUCAAAUGAGACUGAAUUCAAAUAUCGUUUACCAAUUGUACAAAGUUAUUCAAAAGAUCAAAUACGCGAAUUAUACGGUGAGUUAGAUGAAAAAACUCAUCCUUUAAAAGAAAAUAUUUGGACACCAUAUACUAUACAACAUCAUCAACCGCCGAUCGAUGCUUGGGAUGAAAAUCUCUCUUUAUCGAUUUCCAAACCUGAUACUUAUUUUGUAAAACGAACAGAUUUUACGUCAAAAAGUAAUUGGGACUUUGAGACCUCGUUCGAACAAACUUUAUCGAAUGGACAAAGUAAAACUGUUAAAAAUAAAUUUGAAUGCCCAUUACCAAAAUUUCGUCUUGAUACAGAUGGUGGGAAAAUCAACAAAAAACAAGUUCAUUCACAUCCUUUUUUAUCAACUGGUUUAUCAAAUCCACGACUAGACACUCAACAACCACGUUCAUCGAUCGACAAACAAAUAGAGAAUAGAAAUAACAUAAAUAUUUCUUCACCAUCUGAAGACUUAUCUCUAAAACCGAUUGUCGAAGAAGAGCUCAAUAUUCCUCUUAAUUUGAUAAAAGGUAGUUUUCGAACAUCUCUUGGAUCGCCGCUAUAUGACAAUGCACGAAUUUAUGUAACUGAAGCGAAUCCAAUCACGUUUUCAGGAACGCCAACUGAAGAACAAAAAGGUUUUGUUCAGAGUAUACAAGACACGAAAAGUGCGAUAAAAAUCGAAAUGAAUUUGUCUGAAAAAACAAAUACUAUACACGAUAAAAAACAAAAACUAGAAAAGUCAGCUUUCAUCGAUUUAUCGCCAAAUUCAUCUGAACAAGACUCUACGAUCAAAAGUAACUGGACCACACCAGGAUUAAAUGGAAUGUAUUUAGAACCAUAUAUGGAUCGAUUAUAUAACAUAGAUGAACAUUGGCAUCAGUCAAAACUAACAAUGAACUCAACGGAUUUUAAAUAUGUAGAUGUACAAAAAGAAAAUCAAUCUUCAACUAAUGAGUCCGAACAUCUUUCUCCAACAAUCAUCGGAUUUGAUGAUCUUUCAUAUGGGAGUACAACACCGCCGAUUCAAGAUAAAAAGACGCCUACAUUAAGUCAAACAGAAUUUCACAGUAUAUUAGAUUUAGAAGCAACAUCAUUAAAUGGAGAAUAUUCGUAUCAUACAGCUGCGAGUAACAGUACUAGAAAAAAAUCAGUAAGGGCAUAUAGUAAUAUUCGCGAAAAACAAGAAAAUCAACGUUUACAUUCUACCGCGUCAACUGAUAAUGAUACAAGUGAUAGUACGUUAAAACAAACUAAAUUCGAUAUAUACGAGUCGUUUACGUCAGCCGAGGAUAGUUUCUACGAUGCAUUAGCAUCCCCGACUACCGUUGAAUCAGAGUCUACAUUAUCAAUGACGAAUAAUUUAAGUUCUCUAAUUCAACAGAUAAACGAAAUAAAUCGAACUGAACACGUUAAUACCCAAAAUAUUUGUGACAUUAUAAAAUCGAUUCAAGACGAUAAACAAAAUGUCAAAGAAUUAUCCGAAAUAAGUAACACUGACCAGUAUACAACAAACACAUCGUUCACAGAAGAAGGUAUAUCUAUCCAGUCUCAAAACGAUAAUUUAUCUAGAAUAAUUUUACAAAUAAAUGAUCUUGCAUUUUUAUCACAAAGAAGACUAUCACCUGAGGGAUCAGAGAGAAAAUUAUUCGACAAAAAUAGUAGUUCCAAAUCGGAGGACGAAAUGCAGCGGUAUCAUCAAGAUCCAACCACUGUUAAUGCUUUGACGACUAUUGUUCAAAAUAUAAAUCAUUUAACAGAGACGGAUAAAAUGCAGAGUUUAGAAAAAAUAAUCAAUCCAUUUUCAAGUCAUAAUUAUCAUCAACUGUAUAAAGUGUACAAUUCAACAAAUGUUAUUUCAACCAUUGACGACGAUAUGUCUAUACCAAACGAGUUUGAAUCAAAACCAUCUGAAUAUAUAAAUAAUCUACAUUUUGUUGACGAUGAUCUCGCGAUGCCAACUGUAGAGAUGACCGAUAUUAUUUGGGAAAGUCAUGAGAAAGAAGCAAACACCGAAUCAGAAAAUUUGACUGCUCUAGUCAGUUCUAUUACGACACUUUCUCAAAAACCAAUAUUAUCAACGAACGUCAACAAUUUACUUCUAAUGUACGAUGACGAUGUUAUUACUCGUAAAAACAGCAAAAAACUGAUUGAUAUUUCAACAGAAAAUAAUGUUCAUAAUCUAGCAAACCUAGUCGAGCAUAUUUAUCAGCAUUCUAUACAAAAUCACUCUAUAACAUCAAAUAAUGAGCAAUCCUACGAUUUAGUCGAUCAAGUUUCUCAUGCUAACUUGUCAAACAUAGUCAGUGAAAUUAUGGAACAUCAUAAAACUGCAUCAACUCUAACAAGCAAAACAACAUGGACAAAGUCAUCAUCGUUAGCUAAUGAAAAACAGCCAACAAAGAUAUUUGAACAAGAAUUGAUAGUAGAAAAUCUAAAAUCAAUCAUUAAUGAAAUUAAUGAUAAACAAGAACAAUCAUUGCCAUUGAAAGCAGAAGACGAGCAAUUUCAAGUCAAUCAUCUGUCACAAAUUGUUGGCGAUACAUUUCUAAUUGGUUCAAAAUACACUUAUCCAAAAGUAUUCGGUACAGUAAAAGAAGACGAAAAUGUUCAACAGCCUAAACAAUCUGUAUUUCAAGAAACUAACUCUACAUCAUCGUCAAAUAAUAUUGGUGAUUAUUCUAAUAAUCUAACACCGAUGACUUUAACUAUUAAUAUUACACAAAAACCUUUUGCUCAGCAGUCGAUCAAUGAAAAUAUUGUUGAACAACCCGAAAAAUUGUACGAAGAAUAUGGUUAUCGACGUAUAACAAGAGAUCCGGAUACAAACAGUGUCGUAGAAAAACUCGAAGAAUGUAUACGUCGUUAUAAAAAUAAUAUUGAUGACUAUCAGACUGCAAGCGAAAAUGUUGAUAGUCAAAUAAAUAAACUUUCAAAUCCAUUGAAGUCAGAUUUUUACGCUAGUAAUCAUGAUUUUGAUGAAACAUUGCCAUUUGAUCCGGUAUCAUCGUCAACCUACAGUGAGAGUGAAAUGAGAGAUAUAUCUGGUCGAUCAUCUGUUGUACUGCAAGCACCAACAAGUACAAGUCUGAUAACGUUGAACUUGAGAAAAACGUUAGAUUCGCCCACUCAAUCUAGAAUUACUGAUAUGCAAAAUAUGCCACAAUUGAAUACAUUGUCAACAACAACAUCAGACAUUGGUGCAUGUGAGUACAAAAAAGUAGAAUUUAAUAACAGUGUAGAUGUCCACCUUACAAUCUUGUUUCAAUCUUAA